CCAGUAUCGAAAUAAUAAAGAAAAAAUUAAAUAAUUUUUCCUCAAACACUUUUGGAAUUGUAUCUCAAAGACGGCGCCAAGAGUAGUAAGGUCGCCGAAUAGAUUCACAAUGAAUCGUCGCGAAAACACUAUCAUUGUAAAAGGUAAUUAAUUAUAACCCGUUGAAAUUAUUUCUCUUAGAGGCUUCUUCGCAGUCGCAACUGUAGCGCAUCGGUAAGCAGCCGUCAUUUGUUGUCUUACGUUGUCUCGCAGCGGUCACAUCUGCAAGUGACCGACUGUAUCCAAGGACGUAACUUCUUAAUUGAUACGUAAAGUGAAUCUGGUUUAAACAACUCGUUUGUUGUGUGUUGUGUGAUAACGUUAUGGAAAUGUGCACUAAACAUACUGACCACACUGAUGCUGAAGGUGAGGACCCAAAGUCGAAGCCGCCACCACAGCCUCCACCCAACGGGACAGUCCAAGAACCGAAAUACGUACUGCACUCGGACAAAGAGCACUACGAUUAUGUAGCUCAAAGGUGUACACAGAAACCAACCAAUUUCUUUGAAUCAACGGGGCAUCUAAUAAAAGGAUGCCUCGGCGGAGGCAUUCUGGGUAUCCACGAGGCGUACAUGAAGGCUGGCCUGUGGACUUCCCUGGUCGUCACAAUCAUCUUCGGCUUCUAUAUCACAUACUGUGUUCAUCUUUUAGUUAAAUCAGCUCAAGUGCUAUAUAAGAGGCUCCACAUACCGGAGAUGUCAUAUCCAGAUGUGGCGGAGGCUUCGCUGGCAGUCGGACCAUUUUUGAAACUGAGGAAAUAUUCCAAAUGGUUCAGGUACGCAGUCGACGUCACGAUCUGCAUAGACCUGUUCGGCGCUUGCUGCGUCUACCAGAUCAUCAUAGCGAAGACCAUCAUGCUCCUGGUAGACGGAUCCGAUGAGUCUGAAAGAACAGACUUGAACCUCCUCAGGCUCUACGUGCUAGCACUACUGGUGCCGAUACUGCUGCUUUGCAUGAUCACCACUCUGAAGUACCUGGCGCCUUUCACUUUGGUAGCUGAUGGGUUCAUUGUCGCUUGUGUUGUUGCUACUGUGAUUUACGCUUUGCGAGUGGCACCGCCUAUAAGCCAAGCUCCAGGAUGGAAGGACACGGUGGGGUUCUUCGAGUUCUGCGGCAUUGCUGUUUUCAGCAUGGAGGGGAUCGGAGUGUCCUUGCCGAUAGAGAAUAAUAUGAAGAACCCUAAGCAAUUCCCGAUGGUGCUUUGCUGCGCAAUGGCAGUCGUGGUAUUAUUUCUGAUGAUAGUAGGAUUCUUCGGCUAUUGGGGGUUUGGCGAAAACUCCAUAUCACCGGUGACACUAAACUUCCCAUCAGAAACGUUUCCCACCGUGUUGAAAGUUCUGAUGGCCGCUAUGAUAUUCAUAACCUUCGCCCUCAACUACUGGGCGCCAUUCAACCUCGUAUGGCACUACCUCUCCAAGCAUCACGACCAUAAGAAGCACUGGAUUUGGGAAAGAGUCUACAGGGCCACGUUUAUAAUCUUCAUUACUGCCAUUGCUAUUGCUUUUCCGAAUAUCGGCAAUUUGAUGGGAUUGCUUGGUGCAUUCUGUCUGUCCAACAUGGGCUUCAUCUUUCCCGCCAUCAUAGAACUGCUGGUGAUCUGGGAGAGCCCAGGCUUGGGCCGCUUCAGAUGGAGGCUAUGGAAGAACAUCCUAGUUCUUCUAGUGGGAAUUCUUCUCUUUUGCGCAGGCACCUAUUCAAAUCUCAAGGGAUUGAUAAGUACAUUGUAACGAAUGUGACUUAAAGUAUUUUGUAGUACCUACUUACUUUAUAAGUUAUUUUAUAAUAAGUGUAUUGUUGUUAGAUAAAAGUGAGUUUACUUGGUGUGUUUUAUUUAUCCUGUCUACAUGGUUAGUCAGUAAUAGGUUGUCGUCCUUAAUUAGCUUUUAUAUUUUAGCGCUUUGCUUUCAUCUUCCAAAUGUGUACAGCUAAUGCUGAGAACAGAAGAAAAUAGUGAUUUGACACUGUGGUCUGGUUUCAUGGUCAAGUGGUAGUGACGACCUCCGU